AUGACCUUAUUGGUAGAAGUUUAAAGUGAUCUACCUUAAAAAUUAAUAUAAUUAGAAAUCUGUUAAAUUGAUGAAUUUUAUAUAGCAUUCCAAAAGACAUUAUUUUAUUAUUCAGUUUAAGUGAAGAUAUUAUGCGUAAUUUAUAGGGCAGAAGGACAACAUUUAGAAAUAUAUGAACUCCUUAACUGUUGUAAAAGUCUGUAGUUUACACUCAUUAAUAAAGAUACAGGUAAUUUUAAACUUAUCUUAGGUACUCUAAAAUUUAAAAGCAAAUUCAUUAUUAGUACUCAAGGUUAUAAAUAAUCAUAUAUUAACAAUUAUUUUUUGUUACAUCAUUUCGAUGACAAAGUAGUAGUCUAGUUGAAUGAAUAGUUGCAUUUUUAUUUGCAUUCAGAAUUUUUCAAAUUUUUUCAAAUUUCUGAUAUGCCUUACUUUGUGUCAGUGGAAAGCAAUGGCAAACUUUCUAUUUUUAAAUUAGAAAAUGGAGAUGUUUAUUUAAAAGAAAUGAAGUCAAAAAUGAUAGGCAUCUAUAAAAUUUUGGGUUAAAAGUCAGAAAUUAUAAAAGUUGAGCCUUUCGAUAUUCAUAAUCUAUAGUUAAAAAUAACACCUCAAAUCACUCCAAUUAUUUAAUAAAAUUUUGAUAUUAAAAUAAAUAUUAGCUUAAUCAAUAUAUAAGAAACACUUCCUUUGACAUUAUUCUCAAUUGAAUAAAAUGGGGAUGAAAUAGGAUUUGAUGAAGGCUUUGGAGGUUUUCAAGAAGCUACUAUUAAAAAUGAAUCCAUAAAGAAUGUUUGGUUUUUGAAAUUAGAAUCAAACUAAAAUAUCAUCAUUUAGGAAUUCUAAACUUAUAUAUUUAUAACAAUGUUUUUAAAUUAAAAAUUAAUUAAAGAAUUCAACAUAAUGA